AUGGUCGCUGGAUUGUACCACCCUCAAUUUGGUGAUUUAAUCAUUAAAAGAUUCCACAGAGUCGUAAACCUUCGUACCGGUGGUUCCAUUACUUGUGGUGGUCUCACCGUCAUUGCUCGCACCCUCGUAAAGCAGUCUCCCCGAGAUACACCUUUUUACGGGCGAAUCCUUCCGUUUGACCCUGCAGAACCUUCAGGCCACGCACAUGUUAUGUUUUCCCCCGAGUGGGUCACCGGUCCUGAUGACAUCGCCCUCGCUGACCCCAUUAGUGAGAUGGUGUGGGUUCUUCCGUUAAACCUUCCACCACCACUACACCCACGUAGGUUACAGCAGGCCUCACAUUUGCAUUAUGGCGGACCUUCUUUGUCUACUCUUCACCCCGAUUACACUGACGCCACACCACUCUCAUAUAUCCAGCCUGAUCCCAUGCAAACUGACUUUCCGGACGAACCCCAGUAUACCCAACCACCUCAUCCUGACCCCAACUCCCCCUUCACUUACCGGCAUUAUCUUGACCUCCAUCAGGAUAUUGCUUCUCUUUAG